AUGGCCUCACGCUCCCCUCGCCUUCUCUCACUAGCCAGAAGGGCCUUUUCUUCAGCAUCUUCUCAAGCUAAUCGGGUUUCCUUAGUUCAAGGAGCUUCCAGAGGAAUCGGCCUUGAAUUCGUGAAACAACUGUUAGAGAACAAUGAUAAAGGACAUGUUGUUGCUACUUGCCGUAAUCCUAAUUCAUCAACUGGGCUUCUCCAUUUGAAGGAUAGAUUUGAUGAUCGUCUUCAAAUUUUGCCUUUGGAUUUGACUGUUGAAAGUUCUGUUCAGGCAUCUGCAUUGUCGAUAAAAGAGACAUAUGGCCAUCUAAACCUUCUCAUUAAUGCAUCUGGAAUUCUUUCAAUACCUAAAGUAUUGCAACCUGAAACCACAUUGAACAAAUUGGAGAAGUCAUCUUUAAUGCUUGCUUAUGAGGUUAAUGCCGUCGGUCCUAUCUUGGUUAUCAAGCACAUGUGGCCUCUUCUAAAAGCUGGAGGUGGCAUUGGGACUGAAAGAAGUGGUGCAGUUGUGGCUAGUUUGAGUGCAAGGGUUGCAUCUAUUGGUGACAAUCGUAUCGGUGGUUGGCAUUCAUAUCGAUCUUCGAAGACUGCUCUUAAUCAAUUGUCGAAGAAUGUGGCAUUGGAAUUUGCAAGGAAGAAGGAUCCAAUCAUAUGUAUUCUAUUGCAUCCUGGUACAGUUGACACAGAUCUUUCUAAGCCAUUUCAAAAAAAUGUUCCUAAAGAAAAGCUGUUCAGCAAAGAGUUCUCAGUCCAAAAGCUGUUACACAUUAUCAACAAUGUGAAGAGCCAAGACAAUGGCAAGUUCUUUGCAUGGGAUGGUCAAGAAAUUCCUUGGUAG